AAAGCGGUGACUAGCAGGCAGUAGCAGGAUGGGCCGCUCUCUUCUGUGCCUCUCCCUCCCCGUCACUUUCUUCCUUGUUUCUCUCUUCCCACAACCCUCCCAGUCUCAGACACCCACGGAAAAUAUCUCCUCCAUCAUAGGCUACACCUGCCCCAAUCAAUCUAACCGGCAACCAUGCCAGACCAUGGCCUUCUACAGAGCUCAAUCCCCUCUUUUUGCCAAUCUCUCAGCCAUAAGUGAUCUCUUUGGUGUUAGCAUGCUAUCCAUCAAACAGGCCAGCAACCUCUCUUCUGAGACAUCUCCCCUUGUGGAUGGCCAGAAACUUCUCAUCCCCAUCAACUGUGAUUGCAUGGGCAACCUUUCUCAGGCCAACAUCACCUACCAGAUCAAAGGGGGGGACACCUUCUACUUGGUCUCCACCGUUUCCUUUGGAAACCUCACUACGUACCAGGCAGUUGAAGCAGCAAACCCCACCCUCAUCCCUACUAACCUCGACAUCGGCGUCAUGGUCGUCUUCCCCAUCCGAUGCCGGUGCCCGACGCCGAGCCAGUUGCGAAAAGGUCUGAAUUCCCUAAUCACUUACGUUGUCGAGGCUGGCGACACGCUUCGUUCCGUAGCCACCAUGUUCAAUUCAAGUGUUCAGGACAUCAUCUCGGUAAAUGGUGGACUGUCUAAACUUGUUCCUUACGAUACCAUCUUAGUUCCAGUUUCUCAAUUUCCUCUUCUCUCAGCCGACUCCCCAUCUGGUCCGGCCCUUUCACCCUCUAGUCCUUCGCAGGUUCCACCAGGGAAUUCCUCUUCAAAAAGGAAUAGCGGUCUUGUUGUAGUCCUCUCCGUCUUGCUGGGUGUCUGCGGCAUCCUCUUGAUACUCUUUGUUGUUCUGUUUUGUGUGGUCUGGAUGCGGAGAAAAAAGACCGAGGAAUCCAAAAUUGGGAAAAGGGGAUCCAUGGCGUUCUCUUCCUACGCAGAGGAUGGACGUGCCUACUCCUCUGUUAAUCACCAUCUCAAGCCCCUCGUUUCCAAUAAAGAUUUCCUUGCAGAUAUCUCACAAUGUCUAGACAAAUAUAACCUCUACUCUCUUCAAGACCUUCGCAACGCCACAAGUGAUUUUCAUCCGGAUUCUUUAAUCAAAGGCCAUGUGUACAAGGCCACCAUCGGUGACGAAGUGUUUGCCGUGAAGAAGAUGAAAUCUGACGUCUCAGAGGAGCUCAGGAUCCUGCAGAAGGUAAAUCACAGCAACCUGGUGAGGUUGGACGGGUUCUGCAUUGAUGCUUCAGAAGGUGAAUGCUACUUGAUCUAUGAGUAUGUGGAGAAUGGAUCUCUCUACUCAUGGCUUCAAACCAGGAAGCUAUUCAACUGGAAAACCAGAGUUCAGAUUGCUGUAGAUGUUGCUAGUGGCCUCAAUUACAUCCAUGAGCACACUCAACCGAGUGUUGUCCACAAGGAUGUCAAGAGCAGCAACAUACUGCUCGACAGAAACAUGAGGGCCAAGAUUGCCAAUUUCGGCUUAGCCAAGUCUGGUUGCAAUGCGAUCACAAGACACAUUGUUGGGACUCAAGGUUACAUGGCGCCAGAAUAUCUGUUGGAUGGUGUAGUGACGACGAAGAUGGAUGUAUUUGCCUUCGGUGUGGUGCUGCUGGAGCUGGUCUCCGGCCGUCUUGCGGUUGGAGAAGGUGGGAAGCUGCUGUGGAUGGAGAUACAGGGGAUGUUGGACAAUGGUGAUACUGAUAGAGAGGAGAUAGUAAGGACAUGGUUGGAUGGUUCCCUAAUGGAGAGUGGCGCUUGCUCCAUGAAGAGUGUGAUGAGUGUUGUGGCUAUUGCUAUGGCCUGCAUACAGAAGGAAGCAUCAGCAAGGCCCGGCAUGGGAGAUAUAGUUUAUAUGCUGUCUAAGGCUGAGGAAUUGUGUUUGGAUUCACCUUCACAAAGAUUGGAAAUAUCUUUUGAUACUAGUGGAAGGUAAGGAGAUAAUAGCUGGUCCUUUGUAAUGGUAAAGAGGUGCUUGAGAAAGCUUCUGUAUAACUUGAUGCGGAAGUGCCACCUGCUAGAACUGCAUGACUGUAGAAUUUCCCGUGUCAGUAGCAUGGCACAACAGGAGUAGAAAGGAUAUAUAUUUGUUAAGAUUUUGUUCUGCAGAAUUAGUGUUUCCAGCGUUUUGUUUUAUGAAUAUGAUCAGCAAGUGUUUGCAUUA